UACGAAUACGCCCAUAUUGUUCUGAUCCGCCUUCAUUAUUUACACCUUCACCAACUACUCACAUUAGGUAGCCCAAAUUCAUCGUCCCGAAAACGUAAGGUAGAAAGUAAAAGUAUGAGUUCCAAGAAAGUCGCAACAGCUGUUAUUGAUUUUUUAAAUCAAGCAACCGCUACUAGUGCUGUUUCUGACGAGGAAAAAGAAAGUUUAGAAGUUGCUGCUCAAUGUAUCAAAGAUUCUUUCAAAGUUGAGCCCAAUGAAAUUACUCCUGGUUCAGGAAAGCGAUUAGUGGAUGCAUACGAAGCCUACGAACAGCAGCAUCCUGUUGAGGCAUCCUCUACUGCUUCAAAUAAUACAGAUGAAGCCGAAAAGUUGAAAGCACAAGGAAACGAAGCAAUCGCUAAGAAAGAGUACCAGUCUGCUGUUGAUCUAUAUACUAAGGCUAUUGAAUUGGAUCCUACUUCUCCUGUCUAUUAUUCAAACCGUGCUGCAGCUUAUAGUCAAUUAGGACAAUACGAGUCUGCUGUUGAGGAUGCAUUGACUUCUUUGAGUAUUGAUCCCAAACAUUCUCGUGCUUAUGGUCGUCUUGGUCGUGCCAAGCUUUCUCUUGGAGAUGCUGGUGCUGCGGCUGAUGCUUAUGAAAAGGGAUUGGAGCUGGACCCCAGUAACGAUGUUUUGAAGCGUGGUUUGGAAGCCGCUAAGUCUCAGAUGAACUCCUCUUCUGAUGUUGAUGCUCAAGCCUCGACCACUGAACAGUCUCGUGAUGGAGGUGCUGGUGGAACUGGAGGCAUGCCUGAUUUGGGUUCAAUGUUCUCUGGUGGUAUGCCUGAUUUGGGCUCACUGAUGAAUAAUCCUGCUAUCAUGAAUAUGGCUCAAAACAUGAUGCAAUCUGGCGCUUUAAAUAACAUGAUGAACGAUCCUAAUAUUGCUAACAUGGCUCGCAAUUUCGGAAGUGGUGGCGGUAUGCCAGAUUUGAGUGCUUUGGCUAGUAAUCCCCAAUUGCAAAACUUGGCCCGCGGCUUCAUGAACAACCAAAAUAACGGGAAUUCCGAAAACAACUCUCAAUAAGAUACUCUAUGACAAUAAGGAUACUUAAUGUUUAGGUUUCUUGGAUUAAGAUAUAUUCAUAUGCUUGCUAUUGAAUGAGAUC